AUCCUUCUCUUCUACACUCGCUGUAAUCUCUCCCUUUCUACCGGGCUCUUCCUUGGCUGUUGAAGCUAUGGAUAUCGUAGCCGCUGCUGUUGUUGUUCCUCUGGGUUUGUUAUUUCUUCUUUCGGGUCUCAUCGUUAAUCUCAUACAAGCAUUAUGCUUCAUUAUUGUUCGCCCACGGUCAAAAAACAUGUACAGGAAGAUUAACAGAGUAGUGGCAGAGCUGCUGUGGCUGGAGCUUGUAUGGCUCAUUGACUGGUGGGCAGGGGUUAAGGUACAACUGUUCACAGAUACCGAAACUUUUCGAUUAAUGGGUAAAGAACAUGCACUUCUCAUAUCCAAUCACCGUAGUGACAUUGAUUGGCUUGUUGGAUGGGUUCUAGCUCAGCGUUCAGGUUGCCUUGGUAGCACUUUAGCUGUCAUGAAGAAAUCAUCAAAAUUCCUUCCAGUCAUAGGGUGGUCAAUGUGGUUUUCUGAAUACCUCUUUCUUGAACGGAGUUGGGCAAAGGAUGAAAGCACGCUGAAGUUUGGUCUUCUACAGGUGAAGGACUUCCCUCUGCCUUCUUGGUUGGCCCUUUUUGUGGAGGGUACUCGCUUUACGAAGGCAAAGCUUUUAGCAGCACAAGAAUAUGCAACUUCUACGGGGUUGCCCAUUCCUAGAAAUGUUUUGAUUCCUCGUACCAAGGGUUUUGUUUCUGCUGUUAGUAAUAUGCGGUCAUUUGUUCCAGCUAUUUAUGAUGUAACAGUGGUUAUUCCUAAAAACGAGCCUCCACCUACUAUGCUGAGAAUAUUGUCAGGACAACCUUCUGUGGUACAUGUGCACAUCAAGCGACAUUUGAUGAAGGAAUUGCCUGAGACUAAUGAUGCCGUUGCUCAAUGGUGUAGGGAUCUAUUUGUGGCCAAGGAUGCUUUAUUGGACAAACAUCUGGCAGAAAAUACCUUUGGUGACCAACAACUCCAACACAUGGGUCGGCCAAUGAAGUCUUUGUUGGUAUCAAUCUCUUGGUCAUGCAUCCUUGUAUUUGGGGCUGUCAAAUUCAUUAUUUGGUCUUCCCUCCUAUCAUCUUGGAAAGGAAUUGCGUUCUCUGUGGCUGGCUUAGCCCUAGUCACAAGUCUAAUGUACAUUUUCAUACUGUUUUCUCAGUCUGAACGUUCCAACCGUGCCAGGGUAGCCCCUGCUCGGCCGAUGAAUGGUGAUGCACCUUCUGAAGCAAGCCGAGAGAAACAGCAUUAGUUAGCAGCAGGUAGUUCUGCAUCAUUGGAAGAGGUGAUAAAGAGAGAUCCUCCACUGGAAUUCACCGUGGAUGUUCCAACUACGGGCAUAUUUGUGAAUCUUCAAAUGGUUGAUGGGUGUUUUUUUCGUUCCCUUAGCAGCUUUUUCUCCUAAUUGCCCUUUUUUUUUAUUUU